CUCGGCCGCGAUCGGCUCGGCUCGGCUCGGCCGCGAUCGGCUCGGCUCGGCUCGGCCCCGCCCCGGCUGGCCCCGCUCGGCCCGGCCCGGCCCGGCUCGGCCCCGCUAGGCUCGGCUCGGCUCGGCUCGGCCCGGCCCGGCACCAUGCUGGCCCUCUUCAACAAGCUGCUGGACUGGUUCCGGGCGCUGUUCUGGAAGGAGGAGAUGGAGCUGACCCUGGUGGGGCUGCAGUACUCGGGCAAGACCACCUUCGUCAACGUGAUCGCGUCAGGACAGUUCAACGAAGACAUGAUCCCGACGGUGGGCUUUAACAUGAGGAAGAUCACCAAGGGGAAUGUUACUAUAAAGCUCUGGGACAUCGGUGGCCAGCCGCGGUUCCGCAGCAUGUGGGAGCGGUACUGCCGUGGAGUGAGUGCCAUCGUGUACAUGGUGGAUGCCGCUGACCAGGAGAAGAUAGAGGCCUCCAAGAAUGAACUGCACAACUUGCUCGACAAGCCACAGCUCCAGGGCAUCCCGGUCCUAGUCCUGGGGAACAAGCGAGACCUGCCCGGUGCCUUGGAUGAGAAGGAGCUCAUUGAGAAGAUGAAUCUCUCCGCCAUCCAGGACCGAGAGAUUUGUUGCUACUCCAUCUCCUGCAAAGAAAAGGACAACAUCGACAUCACCCUACAGUGGCUUAUCCAGCACUCGAAGUCUAGGAGAAGCUGAGAUCCCACGGACCAUGGCUCGGAUCGGGAAGAUGCCAUUGUACAAGCCCGCGCCCCUUCUCUCUCCUGCUCUGUCCCUCCAGCUCUCUCUCUAGAUGGGUAUUUUUAGGGGACCCCAGACUCCACUCGCGUUGAGGUGGAGCCCUUGUUUUUAUUGUAAAGAAAAUGUCCGACUGCCCUCCUCCCCUCUCUGUCUCUUCCUCCCGUUUUGGCACUGUUCUGUUGUUGUCUGUGUAUACAGUAUAUAUAUAUGUAUAUAUAUUUUAAUUUUUUAAUUUAAGCGAUAGCGCUGUUAUUAAACUGGGCCCUGUGAGUAGUAGGAAGGCUGUGGGCUCCCUGAGGCCGGCCGAGGGUCAGCACUGGGAGGAAGAUGAGGGUGGUGGCAGAAGGCCAUCCUUGGGGAUGGGGCUGUGCCAGGCCUCUGGCAGGUCCCCUGGGGCUCCCCCAUCCCCUCUCUGGGUGUCCUGCCUGUACCCCUGGGCAGGGAGCAUGCUGGGGGGUCAGGAGCAUGCCUGCCUUGCCCCUCCCUGGGCUUUGUCCCCAUGGGUAGGGUGUGGGGGGGAGGCGAUGCCACUGCCCCCCCCAGGCUCCUUGCCCCUUCCAGGGGGACAGAGGUCACCCACAACUCACUGCAGUCAGCCUCCCCCCCCAUCGCCUCCAGCUGCUGUGCCACUGCCCCACUCCCUCCUUGCUGCCCUGGGCUGCUCAUGCCCCUGCCCCAUGUCCCCCCUGCCCCUGCACCUGGGCCCGAUCCUGCCCCACUGCCCAGCCCUGCUUCUCCACUGUGCUGGGCAGCGAGCGGAGGGGCUGGUGCCAGCGUAGGAGGGGCCCAGCAAUGCCAGCAGCCCCCGUGGGGAGUGGGGGGCUGGCUCCUGCCCCCCACCGCCCCAGCUGCCUCCAGAGGUGGCUGGGCCCCACGUAGCCUCUCAGGGUGGCCGCGCUGGUUCCCCACGUGCCAAAAGGCAUCACCUGUGCCUGGCCAGGGGCUGCUGGCUCUGCUCCAGCCGAGGACAUCCAUGUAGGGACGCCAAGGAGGGGUGGGACACAUGGAGACACCUUUCCCCAGGGGCAUGGGGCCGGGAGAGCCCCUGUGCACCCGCACAUUGCCUGCCAGAGCCAGGGGGUGCUCCGGGACGUGCCCCGCUCCCCAGCUCUGCCGCCCUGGCUCGGGGGGGACAUGGGGGCAGGGGGGGCCUGGGGGGGAGCACAGAUGGGUCAUUGUCUGCAGGUGGGAGAGGGUGAGAUGAAAUUUGGGGAGGGGGCCAGGAAGGCUUUGCCCAUCUGUGCUGUGUGAUGAGUUGCUGGGUCUCUGCAGGUGCAGCCUGGGGGCCUGGUCAGGAUGUUUGGGGCCAUUUUAGGGGGGACUUAGCUGGGCUGGGAGGGAUGCGCUGGCAUCGGGAGGGUGGGUGCAUAGUGGGAUCAGGUCAGUGCACAGCGGGGAGGCAGCUGCCGGUCCCCAGCUCAGGGCUGGGGAAGAGGGUGGCAGUGGCCCAGGGGCAGGGGGCUGCAGGGCCCCUCUCGCUGCCCCUUCCCCUGCUCGGCUCCAGGGCAGUGAGGCCAGAGGUUUCUCUUCUGUUCUCGUUUUUGCAGAAUUGCACAAAGAGAGGUUUCCUUUGUCUUAUUUUUUUCUUAAUUUAAUGAAUUGUAAAGUGUUGUCACCCCCCACCCCCUCUUUUUUUUUUUUAAGAGAUAUUUUGACUCAGAUUUGACCUCUGUUGGGAAAUGAUUCUUGUAACUGUACAAUUUUUUUGCCUCCUAAUAAUAAUAAAUUAACAAUUUUGCGUU